GCCCCAUUUCCGUCCUUGAAUAAUGUUCAAAAUGUAAUGCGCGCGAUAGUGCGCACUUAUGAGUUAGCGAGAGGGAAAGAUAAAUAGUAAAUUCCCGGGAACUCUAUUGUUUGUUUGAAGUAGGAAGUUGAGCAGUGAAGAUGGCAGAGGCAGGAACUUCCAGGCAGCAACUUCCAGUUGCAAAGGAAGAAGUAAGUUUAAGAAAAAUUUAUGAAAAGAAGAUGAAGCGGCCUUUACCUAUAAAACCUCUUGAGGGAAAGGAUUUGAUGAUAUCAGUGGUUGAGAAGCACAUGGGAAAUGAAUGUUUCAAGAAAAAGGAAUACAGAAGAGCUCUCGAGCAUUACAAUAGAGGAAUGCGGUACUGUCCCCAAAAUAACGACAAAGCUUUAGAAAUUUUCUGCAUGCUCAUAGGAAAUAGAACAACGAUCAACAUGGAGCUUGAAAGAUAUGACAGAGUUUUACAAGAUAUAAUGUAUCUUGAGGAAAUCGGACAAUAUCCAAUUUUAUAUAAAUAUAGAAUAUUAUGGAGAAAAGCAAAGUGCUAUGAAGCUCGUGGAGAAUUCAAAACGGCCGACAUAUAUUAUGAUGAAGCCCUCAAAUUAUUAACUGAGAAUAGCAAUUUAACGGGAGAAGAACUCCAUAAUAAAAUCCAAGCUCUCAAAUAUUGCAAGAGAAAUAAAAAAGAAAAAGCUACAGCUUCGACAUCAAAGUCAGGAAUGUUUUCAGAUAUUGAUGAGUUUAAGGGAAGUGAACAGUAUCCUGCCGCCAGUCCAUUGAUUGAUAUAAAAUUUGAUGAUCAUUUAGGAAGACAUGCAGUCGCUAAACAGGAUAUUUCAGUGGGAACCCUUAUCGUUAAAGAAGAUCCCUAUGUAGCUUUGAUAGACAAGGAUCGCAGUUUGACUCAUUGCCAAGUUUGUUUUGUAUAUGCUGGUGAAUGUAUCGUCCCUUGUUCAACAUGCACAAACGUUGUCUUCUGUAGCAAUGAUUGUAAGAAACGAGGAGAUACAUCAUUCCAUAAAAUUGAAUGUCUAGUUUAUCCAACCCUCAUCAGCAGUUUAGAUAAGUUAAUGUCCUUAAGAAUUCUCACUCAGAGAGGAUUCGAAUUUUUUGAUGAGCAAAAAGAUAAACUGUUGAAUAACUUGGAAUCGCAUUACCGAGGUUUAACUAAAAAAGAAGUUUAUCUUUCUGACGAUUAUGAUAAUAUGAUAUUUUUAUAUAGAAAUGUUGAUCAACAGUCACGAGAUCACAUAUAUCUCAAUAAAGCAGUAUACUUGCUACGUAUCUUGAAAAAAACAGACUUUUUCCCUUUCGGAACAAAUGACAAAGUUCUGCGUGAUGAAGAGGUCUUCAUUGGACGACUAAUUCUGAGACAUUGUCAGUUGAUGACUUGUAACGUACAUGAUAUAAAUCAACUGAGAUGUUCUGAUUACAACUUUGCCCGCACAAGUGCCGAAGAGAGGACACAGCGAAUGGAUUCCAUUGGAAUUGGGCUUUUUCCUACUCUCGCACUAUUCAAUCAUGCAUGUGAACCAAGUAUCAUACGGUACAAUGAUAAAGCAAGAAUGUUAGUGAGAACCAUAAAACCAAUAAAGGCCGGAGAGAUGAUUUAUGAUAAUUAUGGCGUGAACUACUUAUUCAUGAAACUGCAAGCAAGGCAGCAAACUCUGCUGACAAACUUUUUUUUUAAAUGUGCUUGCAAACCGUGCGUAGAGAAAUGGCCUACGGCUUCAACUUUGGAAAGUAUUGUAAGGGUUCCCUGCAAAACUGUCCACUGUGAUUUCGUAUUUUCUGUAACACGUAAUAGAAGACAGCAAUUUUGCUUGCUAUGCUACAGAGAACUUCAAAAUUCUGAUAUUAAGGAAAUCACUAAGGCCAUCGAACUUCGUUAUAAAAAUGGAGACAAAAUGUUGCAAAAAGAAAGAUUCGAUGAUGCUUUGAAAGCUUAUAACAGUGUGUUAGACAUCAAGUAUGCAUACACUACACGCCCAGAUCUAGACAUAGUAAAGGUUCAAGAACGAAUGGAGCAUAUUUAUGCUAGGAAUGGAAACGUUGCCCAUUCCAAUAAAUAAUAAUUUCUAUUAUGAUCCUAACAUGCUUACUUUUUCAGGUUGAUUUGUUACUUAUGUUCAAAGUUUUUUCAUAUCAAUAAUGUUUCACGUUUAUAAAUCUUUUCCAUGCUUACU